UGUGUAAGUUUUGUAGUUCGGACGACUGAUCGUCGUGUGGUGGGGAUGCGGCACGCUAGCAAUUAAGCUUAAAUCGCCAAGAAAUCGCGUCCAAAAAUUGUUUUGAUGGUUGAGGUUUGCGGAACUGUUUCCCCAAAAGAAAAAAAGAAAAGCGACAUUGCGAUCGCUCCCACCUGGAGUUCGAAUCGAUUAUAAGGCGAAACUGGCCGCUCUAUUCCUCUGUACCCGCAUUCCAUGUGCGCCGCCAGCUCCCCAGCUCCUGUUUCGCAAACAAUGGGCAUUCGGUAGCUCCAUCCGCCGAAGCCUAUUUCCCUCACCCGUCAUGGCCGCCGCAGGAGUCCACACAUCGACAAACAUGGAUGUAGAAAGCAAGGGAAUAGAUGCUACCCCUCAAGCGGGGCAGAACAUCACAUACAAUGGAGUGGAAUACACGACAAUAAAAGAAGGACUGGCGCACAUUCUGGUGCCCAAAGGUACACCUACCUCCAUCGACCCCCAAAUGUCCAAGGAAGACACGCAGAAACAGCAAGUGUUCUACAAUCCGAUUCAGCAGUUCAACCGGGACUUGAGUGUCCUAGCUAUCAAGACAUUCGGAGACGACCUGGUGCAUAGGAGGAUUCAGAAGCGCGAGCAACAACAGCGAAGACUGCAGGCGAAGAAGAGGAGGAAGCCCGAAGGCGAUGGCCAACAGCAAGAAGAUGGUAUGGGUGUUCGGGAAUUGAAGAAGAGGAAGGUUGCUGAGGAUAAUGUAGCUAGUGUCGUCCCGGAGGGUCACAAUGGUGCGAAGGACUCAGUCAACACUGGGGAUGGAGCUGCCGUCUGUCAUUCCGAGGCACCGGAUGCCGAAACCUCUAUGGAUCCCCAGGCCAACCAAGAGCAUCGCGAAUGGAGACCGCCCUUCACCAUACUUGAUGCGCUAUCAGCUACGGGUCUUCGAGCACUGCGUUAUGCCAAAGAGAUUCCGUACGCGACCUCCAUCACGGCCAAUGAUAUCUCUAGCAAGGCGACCGAGGCGAUUAAGCUGAACGUGAAGCACAACAACCUCGAAUCCAAGGUCCAAGCAAAUGCAGGGAACGCCAUUGCUCACAUGUACAGUUUCGUGGAUCAGAAGGGAUACGAUGUGAUAGAUCUUGAUCCUUACGGAACGGCCGCUCCUUUCAUCGACGCUGCUAUCCAAGCCAUCAACGACGAGGGCUUACUCUGCGUGACCUGCACAGACUCGGCCAUUUUCGCUUCCCACGGCUAUCUCGAGAAGACCUAUUCGCAAUACGGUGGACUGCCGAUGAUUGGCGAAUCCUGCCACGAAGGCGGUCUACGUUUACUCCUUCAUGCGAUAGGAUCCUCUGCUGGGCGAUACGGAAUGGCCAUCGAGCCGCUUCUCUCAUUGUCCAUCGACUACUACAUACGCGUCUUCGUACGAGUGCGCAGGUCUCCCAGCGACGUCAAGUUGUUAGCCGGAAAGACAAUGAUCGUCUAUCAUUGCAAGAAUGGCUGUGGUGCGUGGUCCACUCAGUAUCUUGCGCGUCACACGUCAAGGACAAACAAAGAUGGCACAGCGGCGUACAAGCACUCCUUUUCUCUGGCACCGUCUGCGGACAAAGCGUGUGAGCAUUGUGGGAAGAAGACUCAGCUGUCCGGUCCGAUGUAUGGUGGCCCUCUGCACAACGUUGGAUUCAUCCAAAGGAUCCUGGCCCAGUUGAACGACGUUGACAAGGAAACGUAUGGAACGAGCGAGCGCAUCGAAGGCAUGUUGCACACGGCCAUGGAAGAGAUAACCUUUGGGUACAAGGAAAAAAAUGUCAAACCGGACGAGCCCGCACACCUAGAUCCCCUUAUACCGAAAGCGGAUCCAGCAGCGUUAGAUGAAGCGCCAUUUUUCUUCAAUCCUAGCUCACUGUCCAAAGUCCUCCACUGUCUUGCACCAUCCGCCGCGGCAGUUCGUGGGGCGCUCCGCCACGCAGGAUUCAAGGUCACCAUGAGCCACUGUAAGCCAGGCUCAAUACGCACAAAUGCUUCAUGGCCAGCUAUAUGGCAUAUCAUGCUGGAAUGGGUCCGUCAGAAGGCGCCGCUCAAGAAUCCAUUGAAGCAAGGUUCUCCGGGGUAUUCCAUCGUCGCCAAAGGAACGGCUCAUCAAGUCGCCCAGAAGAUACCCGAAGCGGGUUCCAUUGACACGCCGGUUGGGCAGAGCUCAGGAGCCCAGGAGUCUUCGGCGGUUGAGCCCCAAGCAGAGGCUAGUGGUGAACCAGGAGCUGCGGAACCUGAACGACCGUCCUAUUUGGGCACGAACUUCGAGGUAAUCUUCGAUGAGAAACUGGGCAAGGAUCAUGAUCGAGGGAAGUACGUGCGAUAUCAGCUUGCUCCUCGAGAAAACUGGGGUCCUAUGGCUCGCGCGAAAUAAUCAAUGUGUAUCCCAGGCCAAUCUUGCAACUCCAGAUGCCCAUCCAAGAGAUAUGUACAAUCUAAUUGGAAAUUCUAUGGCUCGAAAAUAAUACUGCGUGAGUGAAAAUGCCGGUGGCUGAGUUGUAUAGGAAAGACUGAGCC